UCACUCUCUCUCACUCUCUCUCACUUGGUAGUGAUAUAUGGCCGCCUUGAAACUUCUCCACAUUUUCUUCUUCUUCUCUGUGAUUCUUGGUACCAGUUCAUCAUCUUCCUCUGAUGUGAAGCUUUUACUAGAAAAGGUCAAGCCUUCACUACAAGGUAACAGCGAGAAUUUACUGCUGUCUUCGUGGAACUCCUCUGUUCCAGUUUGUCAAUGGAGAGGAGUAAAAUGGGUAUUUUCAAAUGGGUCUCCUCUCCAUUGCACCGACUUCUCUUCACCACAAUGGACCAACAUCUCUCUCUUCAAAGACUCCACUCUUCACCUUCUCUCUCUUCAGCUCCCUUCUGCAAAUCUCACUGGUUCACUUCCCAGAGAGAUUGGUGAGUUCUCUCUGCUCCAAAAUCUGUUCCUCAACAUCAAUUCCUUAACCGGUUCAAUCCCUUUAGAGCUUGGUUACGCUUCUUCACUCUCCGAAAUUGAUUUGAGCGGUAAUAGAUUAGCUGGGGUUUUGCCUCCAUCGAUUUGGAACCUCUGUGAUAAGCUUUCCUCCUUUAGAAGUCAUGAAAAUUCGUUUACUGGUCACUUCCCUGAGCCUGCUUUGCCAGAUUCCACCUGUAGUAAUCUGCAAGUUCUUGAUCUUGGUGGAAAUAAGUUUUCUGGUGGUUUCCCUGAGUUUAUAACCAAGUUUAAAGGUCUAAAAGAGCUUGAUUUGUCAAGUAACAUGUUUGAUGGUUCUGUUCCUGAUGGCUUGACUCUAUUAAAACUCGAAAAACUCAACCUUUCUCAGAAUAACUUCACUGGGGUAUUGCCCGUUUUUGGUGGAUCAAAGUUUGGUUCAGAAGCCUUUGAAGGAAACAGUCCAAGCCUUUGUGGGUUACCUUUAAAGCCAUGUCUAGGUUCCUCUAAGUUGAGAGCAAGUGCUGUUGCUGGUCUUGUGAUAGGUUUAAUGACUGGGGUUGUGGUCACGGCCUCGCUAUUAAUCGGGUAUAUGCAGAACAAGAAGAGAAAGAAUAGUAUAGAGAGCGAAUAUGAUAUGGAAGAAGGUGAGGAUGAAGAAGAAAUUGGUGAUGGUAAGUUGGUUGUGUUUCAAGGCGGAGAGAAUCUGACUCUAGAAGAUGUUUUGAAUGCGACCGGUCAAGUAAUGGAGAAAACGAGUUAUGGUACUGUUUAUAAGGCGAAGCUUAGUGAUGGAGGAACCAUUGCGUUGAGGCUAUUGAGAGAAGGAAGCUGCAAGGAUAGAAGUUCUGGUUUGCCUGUAAUAAAGCAACUGGGACGUAUUCGUCAUGAGAAUUUGGUUCCGUUGAGGGCUUUCUAUCAAGGGAAAAGAGGAGAAAAACUUCUCAUUUACGACUAUCUUCCCAACAGAAACCUUCAUGAUUUGUUGCAUGAAAGUAAACCAGGAAAACCGGUUCUGAAUUGGGCUAGGAGACACAAGAUUGCGCUGGGAAUAGCUCGGGGAUUGGCUUAUCUUCACACUGGACAAGAAGUUCCUAUAGUCCAUGGAAAUGUUAGAUCAGGGAACGUUCUCGUUGAUGACUUUUUCGUGGCAAGACUCACUGAGUUUGGUCUUGACAAGUUAAUGGUACAAGCCGUAGCUGAUGAUGUCAUGUCACAGGCCAAAUCUGAUGGCUACAAAGCAGCAGAACUCCACAAGAUGAAGAAGUGCAAUCCAAGAACCGAUGUCUUUGCGUUUGGGAUCCUUCUACUGGAGAUUUUGAUGGGAAAGAAACCAGGAAAAAGCGGAAGGAACAACGAGUUUGUGGAUUUACCUUCAUUGGUUAAAAUCGCCGUUUUGGAGGAAACAACAAUGGAGGUAUUCGACUUGGAAGUUCUGAAAGGGAUAAGGAGUCCUAUGGAAGACGGUUUGGUUCAGGCAUUGAAGCUGGCCAUGGGAUGUUGUGCUCCUGUGCCUUCGGUUAGACCAACAAUGGAGGAGGUUGUGAGGCAGUUGGAAGAGAACAGGCCUAGAAAUAGAUCGGCUUUGUAUAGCCCUAAUGAAACAAGAAGUGAAGCCGAAACCCCAUUUUAAAAAUACAAUCUUUGUAACAGAGCUUUGUUAGUUUUUAUGUUUGUUGUAAUCCUCACUUGGUAGAGACUAUCUGUUUCAUAAUA